ACUUGGGCGCCACUGGCAGAGCAUGUUUAGCAUCAGAGCAUAGAGUUUAGCAUCAGAAUGAAGAAAUCACAUAAAAAGCCGGCAGAAGUUCCAGUUCGAUAUCAGUAAGCCUUCUCAAGUCUUCCAACAAUCAAUAUGAAGUUCUUCAUUGCCUUCGCCUGCCUGUUGGCCGUCGCCCUCGCCAACGAAAACGCCAAUGUUCUCCGUUCCGAGCAGGAUGUGAAUGUGAACAACUUUAAGUACGCUUAUGAGCUGGACAACUCGGUCGAUGUGAAGCAAGAGGGUAACCUUAAGGACAAAGAGUGGGUAGUGAACGGACAACAGGCGUGGCAAUCUCCUGAAGGUGUACCCGUUUCCAUCCAAUACGUUGCCGAUGCCAACGGUUACCAAGUGGUGUCUGCCAACCCUCCUCUGCCCACCCCACCCCCAAUCCCAGAGGCCAUCCUGCGUAGCCUGGAGUACAUUGCCGGCCACCCACCCAAGCAAUAAAUUGUUUAAAUAAAUGUGUUGAAAUUUA